AGUAAUUACAGCAGUUAAGUAGUGGAUUUGAACUUCUGCAGUUCCAGAAAUUUUCAAAACCUGUCUGUCUUAAUAUGAGAGUCACGAGAUAGAGGGGUGUUACGUGAAGUUAAUCUUUCAUUCUUACUCAGUGGGAGUGUCUGACCUGUACUAUAUAGAGCUGUGUGUGAUACAGCAGAAGGGAAAGUGUGAAAGGCAUCACAGGAAGCUGCUGAAUUUCUUCACUGAAUUUCUUCAAGAUGUUGAGGAUCAGUCUGUGUUUGUCAUUCGGUGUGUUUCUGUGGGGAUUUGCUUCAUGCUCUAUGUGUCAUGAUGGGAGUACUUGUCCAGACACCACCACCUGCUGCAAGGCUAAAAUUGGCUUUGCCUGCUGCCCAUAUCCAAAUGCCAUGUGCUGUAGUGACCUGCUCCACUGCUGCCCGUCAGGAUAUCGCUGUAACCUGGUUACCAUGAAAUGUCAGAAAUUAGACCAGCCGUGGCUGACCAUACCCAUGGUGAAGAAGGAGGCUGCGGAGAAACCAGCCCCCCCUGAACUGCCUGGAACUCCACUCCAGGAGCUUAAAGAGAGCCACGUCCCAGAUCAAAUAAAGAAAUCAAUGGUCUACUGUGACAGUUACACCUACUGUCCUGAUGGCACUACCUGCUGCAGACACCCACAAGGAGGCUGGUUCUGUUGUCCCUACUCUCCUGGCAAAUGUUGUCUGGAUGGCUACCACUGCUGUCCAGUUGGAUUUGACUGUGACCGAACCUACCAGCACUGUGUGAGGGAAAAACUCACAUAUCCUUUCCUCCGCAAGCCAGCACUACCUUCAGGACCUGCGUCCUUCAUCCCAUCUUCAGAGGAAGACGACAAUUAGAAGAAGGCCCACUGGAGAAAGAGUCACCAGUCACCUCCACAGACCAGCUAUGCAAACUUUUCACUGAGGUCAUCAUGUGUUGAAAAGGCCUAAUCCCCAUUGUAGAAAUAGGGAAAUCAUUAACGAUUUCAAGCUAAUCUCAAAUCAUCUUAUUGAUUGCUUUUUAAAUAAUGAAAAUGUGUUUUUCAUCUAUUCCAUUCUCCUAUACUGCCUAUGUGACUGAGUGUCAGUGAAUAUAGACCAGUAUGAUGUUACGAUGGUGAGGUGAAAAUGUUUUGAUUUGUUUUAUGAUUUUUUUCCAUUCCUUUGUAUACUUUUGUCCAGCUUCACCAAUAAAAAAAAUCAUAGCAUCUUCUGCC